AUGGCUGCUAUGGCGAAGGCCACUCCGGAAAGGGCAAAAGUCGAUGGAAGUAAAACAGGCUUAGCAUCAUUGACCAUCCCAAACUCCCAACAUGACCUGCUGAUCAUGCAGAUGAUGAGAGCGACCACCGAAAACGUGAAAACCGCCAGCAUCACAAGCACUGGAGGCAAUCAAUGCGUUGAUAACGUUAUCGACAAUGAGAGGAGAAAGAAUUCAGCGCCUAACUGGACCGAGCGAAGCCCAAAUUGGUUCUCAAUGAACCUAAGUGCUGACCUCGCCCGCCAGGUGGGCUCGUCCGGUUUGAAUGGUCUCUCAUCUGAAAGUCUGUGUGCAAUCUGUGGCGACAAAGCCACCGGUAAGCACUAUGGUGCGGUCAGCUGUGACGGCUGCAAAGCUCAACGAAAUACAUGCCGAAGUUGUCGUUUCGACGAGUGCAUGCGUCGGGGUAUGAAAAAGGAAGCGGUACAAAGCGAAAGAGACCGGAUUCGACCGAAUGGUUCAGGUCCGAUCCCAGACGACCCUCUACUGGACGCCCUGCUUUCCGCCGAAGCAAUUGUACGCCAACUGCGUUCGUCGGUAAUCACGCGAACCGUCGACGCACGUCGUCAAGCGACCACCGGCGACGUGACUGAC